AGUGCAAUAGCCUCGUCCUACUAAUGAAUGAAACACGUUGGGAGCAAAUUAAACAGAGAGACGGAGCCAGGGUGUUACACCACUCUUAAGUGUCAACAUGAGCCGUCACAGACAAGGAGGACUGUGCUUGCCUCACGUUGUGGGAGUCGCUCGGUGACUGAGUGGUUGGGUGGCCGGCCAGUAGGCGAGUGUGGUCUCACAGGGUAAACGCCAUGGCCUUCAAAAUCAACAAAAAAUUACUUCCCAUGAAGAUAGUAUAUUUCUUCAAAUACGGAGGUAUCGCGUUCUUCCCCUUCAUGCCCGUCGUGGUGCGUGGCAAGGGCAUCUCAGACGCGGGAAUAGGUCUGAUGUGGGCGGUGACUCCCCUGGCCAGCCUGAUGACGAGCAUGCUGGCGGGCACGCUGGCCGAUGCCUUCAAGAUUCACCGGGCCAUGUUCAUGACGGGGAUGGUCCUACUAACCACCUCUUUCAUCACUGUCUUCCUGCUGCCUGCCAUACCCAGGCCCUCGGAUGCUCCUACGGAGGCUUCAGUUUCAUUUCAGUGUGGAGACAACAGCAGUAGUCUAGACGUGUGUUUCAACCCAUCUCUGCCUCUCAACAUCUCUGCUCUUCCCUCAGUACGCGAAUGCAGUUUGGAGAAUGAACGUAGCCAACACGAAACAGAAAAUGAAAAUACGUUUAACUGUAGCCUUCAGUGCAGUUUGUUACAAACAGGAAGCUCAUUCACUACCGCUGAAGAUGAAGAUUUGAAUGUACUGCCCGACUUAAGUUUUGAUUUUGGUAAUGAGCUCUCGGCUUACAACGUCUGUGUAAAAGACAACUGUGUCUAUAUCGAGGAAGAAGCUCCUACACUAUCAUUACCAGGACUUUACAACAUGACUUGUGGUCAGAAGUACCCAGCUUCGUGCCACUACCAGUGUACCUCUGGAAGCCCCGAAAUCACCCUCGGGGAAAUGCUGAAUAGAAAAGAAUUCUGGUUUAUAUUCAUCUGUUUAAUCUUUGUGUAUGGCGGUAACAGCACCACCACCACCUUGUCCGACACCGUGUGCUUCAUGCUGCUGGGCAAGGCUCGGCACAACUACGGCCGCCAGCGCAUGUGGGGCAGCGUCUCGUGGGGGGUAGUGGGCCUGGUGAGUGGAGCCCUGGUCAACUACUACUCUAGAGGUCAGCCGCAGAUCAACUACACUCCAGCCUUGAUAAUCUGUAGCACAUUAUUAUUCUUCAAUCUGAUAGCGUCGUCGAGGAUCAAGUUUAACUUGCCUCAGAGGGAGAAGUUAAAGGCGAAGCACUUCGGCGUCGCCAUCUGCUCGGUCAGGAUGAUCGUCUUCCUGUUGACAGUUGUGGUGAAUGGUGUGGUGUCGGGAGUGGUGAUGACUUUCCAGUUUAUUGUGAUUGAAGAAGUGGCCACGGCCUGGGACCCCAACUUCCCUUACAUGAAGCUUCUUCAGGGCAUCAUUCACGGCGUCAGCACCUUCCUGGGAGAAGUCCCCUUCAUGUUUCUCUCGUCGUACAUCAUCAAGCACCUGGGGAACAUCACUACCUUUGCAGUAUCCUUGGCAUCGUACAGCGUUCAGUACUUUCUCUUUUCCUGCGUCAUCAACCCAUGGUUCUUCGCCCUCACUUGUCUCCUCCACGGACUCUCCUUCGGACUUUUCUAUCCGAACAUGUCCGCCUACGCCAAUCUGAUGUCUCCCAAGGGCGCCCAGGCCGUGAUGCAGGGCCUCGUCAGGUCCACGUACAUUGGAGGAGCAUGCAUGGGCGGGCUGGUGGGAGGCCUGAUGCUGGAAGCGGUGGGAGGAUCCACCGCCUUCCGCUACACCAGUCUCCUGGCCGCCGGCAACACCGUAUUCUUCGUGGGCGCUCACCUCCUCAUCCACAAACUGUGUCCACAACACACUACAGAGGGUGAACGUGGGGAGUACUCUACCCCAGGGGACGGGAAGGUGGGUGACAACGAGCUGGACCCCGUUGUUCUCGCCUCCAUCACGGGAGACCAGAUGUAUUCCUCUAACCUACAAAUUGCCUGACCUCCUCUUCUUGUUUCACACUGCAGAGACGUCCAAUUUAUGUAUUCAUGAAGCUUAAACAUCUAACUAAUAUUUAUA